AUGAACACCGGAAAGCAAUUGCCGAACGUUCGCUUCAUCAACGAAGGGGAAGUUGUGCGGAACGCUGUGACUCCUGAAAGCGAACACACGAACAGCCAGAAGUCGGCGGAGAACAACUCCCUUAACGACGACUCCACUACAUCGAGGAAGUCGUCGGGGGAAACCACGGACUGGAAUCCGGCCGUUAACAGAGGUGUGCUGAAACACGACGACGCGAGCGUGGGAGACGACAGCGACAAAACCUACGAGCACCCCGCAGACGAUAUUCAGAAUACGAUCAGUGAUACUAACAGUAGCCUGGAUUACGACUUAUUGCCCGACGGCGAAGGCAGACAGAAUGUCGACGACUGCGAUACAACAAUGAAGCUGCCCAAUUUGACAGACGCCCACAAGAGCCGUAAUGACACACCGACUUCACUCACAGCAGAGAACGAAGCUGGGAAAAGCAGAAACAGUGACGGUGCCGUGCAGUCUAACGUAGACAAAAGGCAAAACUGUAAGCCAGAAGGUAAAAUUGGCUAUAAAGACGUCGCUAGUAAGGACGAAGACAGCGAUGCUAAUGCGCAGGAAGACAAAGGUGUUGCCGAGAGCAAAGAGAAGCGGCGCGAAGAAAAAGAAAAGUUGCCACAAGAACAUCAAGACAUGAUAGACAGACCGUCAGGUCAAUUGACCUCUAAAGACUUUGUCGCGGAUAAAAAUAAUAAGAUCGAUAAGGAUUGUGCUGUUUCAAAGUUAAUUGCAGCAGCUGAUAAUGUAACAGUUUCCGAAACAGUCGUGGCUGAUCAAAAUUGCAAUAAAGUUGUCAUCGAUACAAAUUCCAAUACACCUGCGACCCAUACAACUUUGGCUACAUCUGUGAUCGACACGGUUUCCAAUGGAAUCGUGGCUGACAAAAUCGGCGAUACAGCUGACGUCUAUGCAGUUUCCGAUACAGACGGGAUUGAUAAAAAUUCGGAUGCAGCUGUCGUCGAUACAGUUUCCGAUACAGUCGGGAUUGAUAAAGAUUCGGAUGCAGCUGUCGUCGAUACAGUUUCCGAUACAGCUAUGACCAAUACCGUUAUUGAUAUAGCC